AUGUUCAUCUUAGACUGGUUCACCAAUGUAUUAUCGUAUCUAGGAUUGUGGAGAAAGAGCGGAAAACUAGUUUUUCUCGGUUUGGAUAAUGCCGGAAAAACGACACUUUUGCAUAUGCUAAAGGACGACAGAAUGGCUCAACAUGUUCCUACCCUUCACCCUACUUCCGAAGAAUUAAGUAUGGGAGGAAUGAAAUUCACAACUUUUGAUCUAGGUGGUCAUCAGCAAGCUCGCCGUGUUUGGAAGGACUACUUCCCCGCAGUCGACGGAAUAGUUUUCAUGGUUGAUGCUUGCGAUAGAGAACGAUUUUAUGAAUCAAAAGUGGAAUUAGACAGUUUAUUAACGGAUGAACAAAUUGCUGAUACACCCAUUUUAAUUCUUGGUAAUAAAAUUGAUCAUCCGAACGCCGCUGGAGAAGAUGAGAUUCGUAGUGUAUUUGGACUACAUAAUCAAACCACUGGAAAGGGCACAUUGUCUGCUAAUGAAAUUCAGGGUAGACCAAUGGAAUUAUUCAUGUGUAGUGUGCUUAGACGGCAAGGAUACGGCGAAGGAUUUCGUUGGCUUGCUCAAUUUAUCGAUUAAAGCGGUUUUGUGGACAAGUCUUUAGUUUCUCAUAUAUUGCAACACAAUUGCAACCCUUAAUCCUAUUAUCACUGAUAAUAGAAUCAAAGAUUGCAAUCGUAUCAUAUUUACAUUGGUACAGCAUUACCUGUAUCACAUUAUUUUGAAAUCAAGACGCAAUGUUACAGAAUAAACAGUUUUUGUGUCAUUUCUCCUGUGCAUUUAAUUCUAAUGUUGUCCUUUAACUGGAUACUCGUAUCCAUCGCAAAUGAUACGGAAAAAUAAACUUGACCGAUCCAAUGAGUC